GCAUCCCCCGUUUUGACGGCAGCCCCACCAAAAUCCGACAAGCCGCCCUCCACUGGUCCGCCGGCCUGGUACCCGAGUCACCGUUUGCGCGGAGCGGGCUUUCUGACUCCCGCGAAUUAGGAGUGCACACCCGUGCCUCUAAUUUCAAUCUGUGGAAAAUUCACCCAGAAAAUUCCGCAACGUUUAAGACCCCAGAUCCCUCUCAGAUUGCGUGCGCCUGCCAGUGACUAUCUUCCUCCUGAACCCGUGAACUCAUCUUCACCACCAGUUGUCUUUUGCAUCCCUCCAAUCGCUGCCCGCUAGCUUUUGUCCCCCGCCCCCGUACCGGAGAAGAGAACCACCGUUUGCACCACCUGCUGCGCCUUAUCUAGUCCAGACAACACCAGAAUAUCUACAUCCAUCAUGCCCCACACAAAAACCGCUAUUUUGUCCGUGUACAACAAGACGGGCUUGCUCGACUUGGCCAAGGGCUUGGCCAACGCCAACGUCAGAAUCUUGGCCUCCGGCGGUACCGCCAAGAUGGUCAGGGAAGCCGGGUUUCCCGUUGAGGAUGUGUCGCUGAUCACCCACGCCCCUGAGAUGUUGGGCGGCAGAGUCAAGACCUUGCACCCCGCGGUGCACGGCGGUAUCUUGGCCAGAAACAUCGAGACCGACGAGGCCGACUUGUCCGCGCAGGGCAUCGACAAGGUUGACUUCGUGGUGUGCAACUUGUACCCCUUCAAGGAGACCGUGUCCAAGGCCGCCGUGACCAUUGAGGAGGCGGUCGAGGAGGUCGACAUUGGCGGCGUGACUUUGUUGAGAGCCGCGGCCAAGAACCACGCCAGAGUCACCAUCUUGUCCGACCCACAAGACUACUCGGUGUUCUUGCAGGAGUUGAAGGCCGGCGAGAUCUCCAAGGACACCAGAAACAGAUUGGCCUUGAAGGCCUUCGAGCAUACCGCCGACUACGACGUUGCCAUUUCCGACUUCUUCAGAAAGCAGUACGCCGAGAACAUCUCCCAGAUGCCUUUGAGAUACGGCGCCAACCCCCACCAGAAGCCAGCCCAGGCCUACGUGUCCCAAGGCGAGUUGCCCUUCAAGGUUUUGGGCGGCUCCCCGGGCUACAUCAACUUGUUGGACGCCUUGAACUCGUGGCCGUUGGUCAAGGAGUUGUCCGCCUCGUUGAACUUGCCUGCGGCUGCUUCCUUCAAGCACGUCUCGCCUGCCGGUGUCGCCGUUGGCUUGCCCUUGUCGGACGUCGAGAAGAAGAUCUACUUCGUCGAGGACAUUGAGAACUUGUCGCCAUUGGCCAACGCGUACGCCAGAGCCAGAGGCGCUGACAGAAUGUCCUCCUUCGGUGACUGGAUCGCUUUGUCCAACAUUGUCGAUCUCCCAACCGCACAGAUUAUCUCCAAGGAGGUUUCCGACGGUGUCAUUGCCCCUGGCUACUCCAAGGAGGCCUUGGAGAUCUUGAAGAAGAAGAAGGGCGGCAAGUACUGCAUCUUGAAGAUCGACCCCAACUUCACCCCCGACAACCUCGAGUCCAGACAGGUCUACGGCAUCACCUUGCAGCAGAAGAGAAACGACGCCAUCAUCAAGGGCUCCUCGUUCAAGGAAAUCGUGUCCAAGAACAAGUCCUUGACCGAGCAAAGUAUCGUUGACUUGACCGUUGCCACCAUCGCCUUGAAGUACACGCAGUCCAACUCCGUGUGCUACGCCAAGAACGGUAUGGUCAUCGGCUUAGGCGCUGGCCAGCAGUCCAGAAUCCACUGCACCAGAUUGGCUGGCGACAAGGCCGACAACUGGUGGUUGAGACAGCACCCUAGAGUGUUGGGCUUCAAGUGGGCCAAGGGCGUCAAGAGACCUGAGAAGUCCAACGCCAUCGACUUGUACGUGUCGGGCCAGAUUCCUAAGUCCGAGCCUGAGAAGACCGAGUACGAGAGCAAGUUCUCCGAGCUUCCUGAGCCUUUGACCGAGGAAGAGAGAACCGAGUGGUUGAACAAGAUGUCUGAGGUCGCCUUGUCCUCGGAUGCGUUCUUCCCAUUCCCAGACAAUGUCUACAGAGCCGCCAAGUCCGGCGUCAAGUACGUGGCUGCGCCUUCCGGAUCUGUCAUGGACAAGGCCGUGUUCGCGGCCGCCGACUCGAACGACAUGGUGUACGUGGAGAACCCAAUCCGUUUGUUCCACCACUAAGUCUAAUUCUACUGCGCGGCAGCGUCUCGCGCUGCCGCGUUUUCCUUGCACCCCCCA